AUGCCCAGCAAGCACACGCUGCAUGUCAAACGCCAAGAGCCCACGCACGACGCUUUGGUCAAGUGCCCGGCGUCUCUCGCCAAGACCCCGCGCGUCUACAGCCUCGGCGCACAAAAGAUCACGACGCGGACCAAGGGCAACCUCGCCGGAGCCGACGCGUACAUGAGCUACCGGUUCGUGGUCGUGUGUCCGCGCAAGAAGAGCUGGUGGAUCUUCGACCGCCGGUACUCGGACUUUUACGCGCUCCGCGCACUGCUGCGGGACCUGCCGACGACCAAGGAGCCCAUGCUAUCGGCGCCGUUGCCGCGCCGCCGCCUCGCCUUUGCCGUCGACAACCGCCGUAUCGUCGACGAGCGCUCCGAAGGGCUUGCUCGGUUUACUGCCGACGUCGCGCGGUUGCUCGCACCGGACGAUCGCAAGAACGGCGACGUGGGCCAGCUCGUGGGCAACUUUCUCUGCGCGCCGCGCCGCGCAGAGGCCCUCCGCAAGCCGUGCAGCAUCACGCACGACUGUCCGAUUUGCUUGGAAGAGACGGCGAUGGGCGAUCGCAGCCUCACAACAGCGUGCGGCCAUAGCUUCCACGAGGCGUGCUUGGUCAAGUGGCUCGAGACCGAGGCCUCGUGCCCGCUCUGCCGCGCGAGCGCCCUGCAUGGCACGCUAGGCUAA